AUGUGCAGGUUUAGAUUAGUUUCAUAUCUUCCUCUGGUUAUGCUUGGUCUCCGGAGUGUUCCUAAAGAAUAUUCAGCCGUCUCUGCAGCAGAAGCAGUUUUUGGUUCAUCUUUAACACUGCCAGAAAAAUUUUUAACCAGGCAAGAACUGCCCUUUGUUGAAUUUCUCCAGAGAAUCCAAGAUAUCCUGAAGAAAAAUCCCAUUUCUCUAACUGAUUAUCAAUCAGUCCCAAUUUCUACAAGUUUAGAUAAAAUUCCUAAAAGUUUAGAACCCUGUACUCAUGUGCUCAUCAGAGAAGAUAUGUCAAAACCUCCUUUGCCUCAGUUGUACAGAGGUCCGUUCUUGGUAGUUUCUCAUACUCCAAAGUAUUUUACUGUACAGAUUGGUUCCAGGAUAGAUUCAGUCUCCGUAGAUCAUCUAAAACCAGUCCUGUCUGAAGUCCCUGUUGUUGCUCAGUUGCCACCUUGCACAGGCAGACCUCCAAGACCUCCUACUCUGAUGUCUCUUGCUCCAAUAUCUCCAGUUUCGAUGUCUCCAGCUCCAAAAACAGUAUGUCAGACACCUCCUCCAAUAGCUGUGAACAAGAGGAAGAAAGUUUGCUUAUCUCCUGUGUUAAAAUCCUCCAGUUUGUGA